AGCAGCGCCUAAAAGAAGAAACUCAGUGUAGCAUGGCUGCUUGCACAAUGUUGAGGUCUGGUUUGGGUUUCCUGCAGUCUUCAUUGCUGUUCACGAAACAGGCAUGCAGAAGUCCACUGGGAGUCCUGGACCACAUCAGAGGUUAUUAUGUUGACUGGAGAAUGCUACGUGACGUAAAGAGGAGACAGAUGGCUUUCGAAUACGCCGACACGAGACUGCGCAUCAACGCUAUUAGAAAGAACACGGUUUUACCUAAAGAGUUACAGGAAGUAGCAGAUAAAGAAAUCGCCGCAUUGCCCCGAGACAGCUGCCCGGUGCGCAUCCGCAACAGGUGUGUGGUCACCUCACGACCCCGUGGAGUAAAACGCAGGUGGCGUCUGAGCCGCAUCGUCUUUAGACAGCUUGCUGACCACAACCAGAUGUCUGGCAUUCAGAGAGCCAUGUGGUGAUGUGGUGAAAAGUUCAUCUGUAUAGUAUGGAACAGCCUGAGAGCUAAAUGUUCAAGAUCACAUGAUCAAGUGUGUGUAUUAAAUGUUUUAUUGUUAAA